CAAUUCUGGGCUGAGGAAGGUGAACAUGAACGGAUAUUCGGCAGACCCUUCUGGAGGCAUUAUGGGCUUCAGAGCAUGCGUGGCGACAGUUGGCUGGAUUCCAGCGACAAUCCUCAACAUUGUUCUUCCAGUAGUAGCCGUUUGGCGAGGUGAUGUUGCGCUGCCCAACGUGAUGCUGUCUGAUGUGAUGGCUUCGGGCCCAUUGUAUGAAGCUGUCUACACCUGGGGAUUUUCACUCUCCAUGAUUUGUGUGUGCUUUGUUUUCCGUGAAGCUUCAACAUUUUGGCGACAGAAGCUCCCAUCGAUGGCUCCAGAUGUGGACCGCUUCGUUUUCAUGCUCUAUGCUCUUUGUGCGCCGUGCUUGCUGGGGUUGGUUGCCUUUCAGUACAAACACGAUUUGUCUUUACAUCGCGAAGACCUUUGGGCUCUGAUCUAUGACUUCGACUUUUUGCUGUGGGCUCUUCAUGUGUUCCACACUUCAGUCUUCUUCCUGACCUGUUGUGCUAUGGCUUACAUCUAUGGGCUUCGACUCAGUCCAGCUCUUGAUGCCUCUGGACUUACGCACCCAUCCGACAGAUUUUGGCGAAGUUCUGGAUCUUGGUGCAUCUUGAUGCUUACGCCUGUCGGUGUGGUGGUGCGAUUUUUCCAUCUCUUCUCGGGACGGCUCUAUGGGGUAUUCUCCUGGUAUUGGUCGAGGCUUUGCAGGGACUUGAAAGGGGCUUUCUGUUUGGGUUGCUCCAAAAGUGUGUGUGUGUACCAUCUGAAUAGAUGUAAAACUUCUGAUUAUUGCAGGGCCGCUGGGGAACGUUGCAGUCAGCGGCCAAUGAAGACGCUGCAAUGUUCCUGUGAAAACGUACCUGCAUAUCUAUCUAUCUAUCUAUCUAUCUAUCUAUGUAUGUAUGUAAGUAUGUAUGUAUGUAUGUAUGUAUAG